GCGCCGCGCGCGCACGCUUUCCUCCAGUCCGCGCGCGUCUCCGUCCACUUUCCUCUCAGCGCUCUCAACUUCACCAACAUCUCCGGAGCGGUCCGGCUCUGCGCGCGCGCUCCUCUCUCCUCUCUCGCGGUAUGUGGUGAUUGAGGCGCGGCGCGGUGGAGAUGUGGAGGUUGCCGAAGAGCCGCCGCAGCAGCUUCAGCGGUCAGAGCGCCGGCGGCGACGGGCAACAGCAGCAGCAGCAGCGCGAGAUCUCCGUGAACAUCGGCGGCGUGAGGCUCGCGCUCCGGCCGGACGUGCUCAACCGCUUCCCGGAGAGCCGCCUGGCCGAACUGGCCAACUGCCCCGCGCGCAGCUUCGACGUCAUCUCCUCGCUGUGCGACGACUAUGACCCGUGCGGUCGCGAGUUCUACUUCGACCGCGACCCGGACUCCUUCAAGUGCAUCGUGGAGGUCUACUACUUCGGCGAGGUUCACAUGAAGAGGGGCAUCUGCCCCAUCUGCUUCAUCAAGGAGAUGGAGUUCUGGAAGAUAGACCUGAGCUGCCUGGACGAGUGCUGCAAGAGCAACCUGAGCGAGAAGGAGGAGGAGCUGGCCGAGAUCGCAGACAAGGUCCGGCUGCUCCUGGACGACCUGCACGGCCUGGACAGUGAGCCGGCCGGGCCGAGGCGCUGGCAGAAGCUCCUGUGGCGCCUCAUGGAGAAGCCCGAGUCCUCCCUGGCUGCCCGCGUGGUGGCCGUGGUCUCCUUCCUCUUCAUCCUGGUCUCGUCGGUGGUCAUGUGCCUGGGCACCAUCCCGGACCUCCAGGUGGAGGACGCAGAAGGCAACCGGGCCGAACACCCGACGCUGGAUGCCAUCGAGACGGUGUGCAUCGGCUGGUUCACGGUGGAGUUUGGUCUGCGACUGGCGUCGGCUCCCAACAAGGUGCGCUUUGCGCUGUCCUUUAUGAACGCUGUGGACUUCCUGGCCAUCAUGCCCUUCUACAUAGUGCUGACGCUCACGCAUCUCGGCACGGCUGUCAUGGAGCUGGCUAACGUGCAGCAGGCGGUGCAGGCGCUGCGCAUCAUGCGGGUGGCCCGCAUCUUCAAGCUAGCGCGUCACUCGUCGGGCCUGCAGACACUGACCUACGCGCUCAAGCGCAGCUUCAAGGAGCUCGGCUUGCUGCUCAUGUACAUGGGCGUGGGCAUCUUUGUCUUUUCGGCACUCGGCUACACCAUGGAGCAGAGCCACCCGGAGACGCUCUUCCGGAGCAUCCCGCAAUCGUUCUGGUGGGCCAUCAUCACCAUGACCACGGUGGGAUACGGUGACAUCUACCCCAAGACCACGCUGGGCCGCUGCAAUGCAGCCAUCAGCUUCCUGUGCGGCGUCAUAGCCAUCGCGUUGCCCAUCCACCCCAUCAUCAACAACUUCGUCAUCUACUACAACAAGCAGAAGGUGCUGGAGACGGCAGCCAAGCAUGAGCUGGAGCUCAUGGAGCUGCAGUCCCUUGAGCUGCCACCAGGGGGUGCCCCGCGAAGGCUCGAUGCCCCGUGGGAAGGAACUAUGCGCGCCUCGAGAAGUGACACUCAUAUCCCGCUGCUCACGGCCGGUCAUGGGACGGUAGCGGCUAAGAAGAGGAGUGUGUCGUGAAACUGUGAAGACGCUUCAUGUUGGUGCCAUUUUACUUUGACUCAUACGUCUUAAGGCCGUUUCAUACUUCUGCGCAGAGAUGCGUAGCAGAGAUAGGUUUAUGGGUAAUCGUAACUUGCAAAGGUUUGCAGAGGAGCUGAUGUGCAAUUAAAUUCAUUUUUAUUUAUGUUGCUUAUGUCCAAAAGCUUCCAGAAGCAGAAUCAAAAGGAACAACUCUUUAAGAGCAUGAGGAAGAAACACAGAGACUCCUCCACGUUUGGUCAUGUGCGCACACCAAAAUCUCAACUGGACGUUGAGGUGCAAAGCCAAUGCUGAUUAGUUGAGCAUGGAAAUGUAUCCAGUAGUGGAAGAUAAAACUAAACAGAGCCAAACAAAACACUGCGCCUUAAAAAUCUUCUUCAUUGUAGCCAAUAUUUUACCACUUCUAUCCAUUCUCAGUCUACGGAUUGCAGGAAAGUGAUGGCCAUUUUCCAUUCUCUGUGCAUUCUGAUUUGGUAAAUGCAACACUGCCCCCUAGUGCAUGUUAACAAACUGAACGCUUUGGCUGCCAGCUGAAAUUUGCAGACGCAGAAGUAUAAUUCGGCCUUUAUCCGCGCUAAGCCAUUCUGUUUCCAUGUCCAAAGAUUGAGAGGACAGUCGGGCUGCUUGUGAGUGGACAUUGGGUUUCUUGAUGCCUGUUUUCUGUUCAGGUGUUCACAAUAUCAAAAUUCAAUAAAGUGCAUGCCAAACUACG